CCGGAAAUCAGCAAUUUAAUUUACAAUAAGACGACUUAAGGCGCCCCAUAAAGCAGCAACAACAACACCAACAAAAAAGGAGCUCAAAGCAAAAGGAGCAGCCAAAAUGUUCGCGGGCAUCAGAAAGCGACUGGCACGCAAACAAAACGAAAAGGAUUGCGAUGAUGAUGACAAGGACGAUGUGCAUGACAUAAUGCCGCCGGCUAAUUAUAUACAAAUCUCACAGGGCAAGAUACAAUUGGUGCAUCAGGCGCGUUCGCUGGAACUGGAGACGGGUGCGCGCACUCCCGCGGCGCUGACCUUGGAGCGCAGCGGCGGCGGCAGUGGCGGCGAUAAGGAUUUAUUGGAAAAGCGCAUUAUCGAAGUUGAAGGCGCGCUGCUGCGUUUGCAGGAGCAAUUCCAAAAUAACCAAUGCGGGUCACCAAUAUUCGAGCAGGAAUUGCGUGAACAAAUUGAAAACAUGAAUCGCAUUAUGAAAUCCAAAGAACGCAAACAACUGCAGACGUGCCGGGAUCACAAGGCACUACAGACACGCUUUGCACGGCAGGAGAGUCUGCUGCACUCGAUGCAGCAGGAGAAUCGCGCGCUCUUGACUCGCAUACGUCAGUACGAGCAUUGCCUGGACGAUGUGAUGCGCAAGGUGGUGGACGCCAUUGUGGCCGAGGACAAUUUGCGGGACGAGGUCAGCAUGCUGAAGGGUCGCGUGCGUGAUCUGGAGGCGCAGAAUGCAGCGCUGUCGGCGAGUCCGGUUAAGGGGCGUGACGAGGGCUACUGCACCAUGAGCAGCGGCCAGCCGCAGCCCUCGAACGGGCAUCUGGAGGACUUGCCCGAGGAGCCAGAGCAGUGGCUGCUGCCCGCUGAGCCCUGCUCCACCGAAAUGGAAGACUGGAGCAUGUCGCAGGAGGAACUGGCUGUGAUAACCUUUGACGACGAGCGUGAGCAACAUCAACAGCAGCUGCUGCAGCGUCGAAAGCGUGAGCAGGACUGGCUUUGGCCCUCCGCCGACUUUAUCAAUUCAACAACCGUAGAGACUGACUCCGUGGCCGAUGGCAUUGCUCAGCUGCUGCAGCAAAAGCUUGUCUACUCGGAGGAUGAGGAAGUGGCCUGCACAGACUUUACCAACGAUUUUUAUAAGCUGGUCAACAUACGCUCCAACUCCUCGCGCAGUUUGUUCUCCUAUCUUGAGGGCGAAACGGACGAUGAGGACGAAGAUGAUGAUGAUGAGGAGGAUGAUGAACAGGACUCCAGCAUGUCGGAAAGUCAAGCCAAGGCGCGCGUCAGUCCCACGCCCAGCGAGGCAGGACGUGCUCAGCUCACCAGCUGCUCCAGCAGCGAAACGGACGAGCUAUCGCCUACGCAGCCAGCGCCGCAAGAGCCGCUGCCCGUGGAGGAGGAGCAUGACUAUGCUGUCAUUGAAGAGUGUCGACGUCGUGUCAGCGACAUUGAAAUUGAGGAUGUGCCCAUGAUUAACAUGGCGCAGGCUGUGGCGCCUUUGAACGAACAGCAAUGCAUAGCACAAAUUAUUAAAACGGAGCUGCGUCGACCGCCGCAUGUGCUGGUCAAGUCCAAGUCGGUGCUGGAGGAUCAGGAGCCCAGCUGCAUUUUGCGCCACAAUCAGCGACGCGAGCUGGAGUCCAGCGUGGUGCGCAGCGACAGCAUUAGCUGUGCUCUGAUGGCCAAAAUGUCCAAAGAGCCACCGCCCUCGCCAUCUGUGGUCUCCAAGCUAAAGGAGCGCAUGCUGCAGCGGCAUGCGCCGCCCUCUAAUUCCUGGCGUCGCAGCAAUGGCUGGAAGCGUGUCACAUCGCCAGUGCAGGCCGCAGCGCUUGUUUCACCAAAGAAGGAAACAAAGUCAACGGAUUUGCCAAAGAGCCACAAGGCACAGCCCACCCGCAUACCAACAUGCAUCAACUCCACAUCCACUUCAUCAACCAACUCCAAUUCGUCAACGCCCUCGUCACCUUCGCCACAAACGACGCAGAAGCUUGCAACGCAGCAGCAGCAGCAGCAACCGCAACGUAAAUCCAAAAUUCCUCCGCCAGUUCCCGUGCGACGUUCCUAUGCAAGUUAAGAGACGCCCCCAACGCAAAAUUUCAAGCAUAGGCAUAAGGCCUAUACAACGUUAGAGUGAAGCCUUUAGGCAAAAGUAUUUUUUGUAAUUGCUGAAAGGGAAAGGAAAACAAAAAGCAAUCUGGGCGGCGAAAUGCGCUCCUCAAUAGAUAUAUAAAUAUAUAUAUAUACUAUAUACUUAUAUUGAAAAAGAUUUAAAAAGACUAAAUUGUGAUAUAUUCAAACUAAAAACAGAAGCAGAAAGUUGAGCAAACUUAUACUGUAUUCACGAAUACAAACAUAUUUAUAUUGUACUAUAUAAUAAGUAUUUUGAGCAUUAUUAUUGCGAAUACCUCUGCUCGACACGCUCUAUACGGAUUUUGUAGAGUGUCGCCUCGUAGCAGCCAAGAGUUGUGUUCCCAAAUUGCAUUUCCAACUGAUAAGAAAUCUCUGUAAAACUCCAUAGCUACUACUAUAAACAAUAUUUGGAAUAGCCAAAGCUUUGGGCAGCUACACUGCUCAAAGUCAAACAGAAUAAUAUAAAAUUUCAAAAACAAACUUUUCCUAAAGAACUUUAACUUUACUGCAGUAAUAAUAAUUAUAAAAGUAAAAAUGUAGUCUUCCGCACAAAAAUUUAUAUGAAUAUAUAUAUAUUAUAGUUGAUAGAUAACAGCGGCAGUUUAUAGAGAGAAAGAUAGAGAGUUUGUAUUACCCGACAGUUGGAAAUUUGUAUAAUAAACGGUGAAAUAAUUUAGACAUCUUUACAAUACCAUAUGAAAGUAUGUAUAUGUAUAUGUAUGGUUUCGAUACGAACAUAAAACAAACGACAACAAUAAAUUGUAAAUAGUAUAUAGCAUAUAGUUAUAUAUAUAUAAACCUACUAUUUAGACAUCCAAGUCACUGACGAACCUCUUCUACUAAACACUCUAGUUAGUCUCUCUAAGUAGCCACGAUGUGAGCCCAAAGCGUCUGCAAAACAAAAUCAACAAGUGCAGAUGAAUCUAUAAUUGGCGGCUUGUUUUGUUUGCAACACAUCCUAAGUAUGAGUUACAUAUAUACAUAAGUACAUAACACACUACUAUAUAUACACCCGAUAGCAAACGCACUACGCUCGACAAAAAUGAGAAAUUAUUAAUUUAGAUUCGUAUAAACAUUAUAAAUGUAUUUUCUUAGCGUAGCAAGUACAAAAAUAAA